ACUGUUACAAGAUGCUGCAAUGGAUAUGUGAAGAAUGAAUCACAAGAUAAAUGCCAACCAAUUUGUGACCAGUACUGUGUCUAUGGCAGCUGUACUGCACCAAAUGUAUGUACUUGUUACGAAGAUUAUAUACCAACAAUUAUGCCAAAUAUAUGUGAACCAAGAUGUGUUGGUUGUGCGCAUGGCACUUGCUUCGCUCCAAGUGAGUGCUUGUGUAAUCCUGGCUACAAUUGGGAUGCAAGCCUAAGUGAAUGUGUUCCUGUUUGCGAUGGAAUGUGCCACAAUGGAAAGUGUAUUUCGCCCGAAAAAUGCGAAUGUAAUGCAGGCUAUACUCAUCAUGCAACGAUCAGCGUUUGCAUUCCACAUUGCAACGAGACUUGUGUGAAUGGUGUGUGCAGUGGUGCCAAUAAAUGUGAAUGUAACUAUGGUUAUCGCUUCAAAAACGGAUCGCAAACAGAAUGUGAGCCGAUCUGCACAGAUUCAUGUAAAAAUGCAAAAUGUGUUAGCCCAAAUGUAUGCGAAUGUGAAAAUGGUUAUGAAAAAAUGGAUGAAAAUAAGCCACAUGAAUGUCAUUGCGGGCAAUACUGUGUGGAAAUCGACGGUCAGUGUCACUGCUUAGACGAUGAUGAUCGCUUGAACGGUGAUGUAAUUCGAAAUAACAUGUCCACAAUUUGCACUGCGAACACUUGUCAAAAUGGAAGAUGUAUCACACGUCAUGACUGCGAAUGCUACGAUGGCUUCGAAAAAGAUGAAAACUCCAAUUGUGUGGCUUCUAUUGAAAUGUGCAUCGAUGAUCCAAGUAAUUGUAAGGGAGACGAAGUGAAAACGUGCGAUUGUAUUAAUGGCAUUUGCGCAUCAAACAAUACGUGCAUUUGUGUGAACGGUUUUAAGAUGAGCGAAGGACAUAGUGACGUUUGUGAGCCGGCUUGCAACAUGAAUUGUGUCAAUGGUUACUGCAUCAAUCCUGAUCAAUGCGAAUGUGAUACAGGAUAUCGUUGGAGUUAUAAUGAGAGCAAGUCACGCGUUUGCCAGCCAAUUUGCGAAACUAGCUGCCUAAAUGGAACAUGCAUAGGACCAAACAAAUGCCAAUGCCUUGAUGGGUUCAAAUUCAGUGCUGAAAAUAACUUCACUUGCGAAUAUGAUCCACUUUAUCAAGAAGCGCAAAAGAGGCAACUUGGCCAAAUUCAUUGGGUCAUACCAGCUGUAAUUGGUGUAGUUUUCAUCGUGACUAUACUAAUUGGCAUGACUUACUUCAACAACAAACGAAACUAUGACACAAAUAAAGGUUAUGAUGAAGCCAAUGUCCCCAUUGCUGGCUAUGUGAACGAUGAUUUGUGAUACAAUAUAUCAACUGAUGUCAUCAUAUUUUAAUAUUUAUAACAUGUUAUGUCAGUGUUGAGCAUACGAAUCAGAGUAUAAGAAGUGAAAUUUUUACAUUUUUUUUUUCAAAAUGUAUUAAAUUGUAUCAAAAUGAUUUUCUAAGAGCAGUGAAAAUUUAAGGAAAUUUGUAAACUUUUUACAUGGAAAAUUUUUAAUUCUUCUUUUCUAUUUAAAAAUGUUGCUUUGCUUCAUGUUUUCAUUGUUAAUUAAUGUCGAUUGAUGUAGAAUAAAUACAACGCAAAAUAUAUUGUCAAACAAACAGUUGUAUA